ACCAUUCAUUUUCCAGGAUAAGGUUUCUAAUUACAACAACAGAGGCCCAUAGCAUUGCAAGUAACAAGCCCUAAAAGAAGCCAUGAAAACCCUAAUUUGUGUAGAACAACCACCCAUCUACAUUACAAAUCUACCUUCAUGCAAGCCAAGAAGCCCAACAACCCUCCACCCAAGAACAUGGAAAGUGCAUGCCAAAGCCAAAGGCUGCAGCAGAACACAAGCUAAGGUACAAGAUGGGAAGAUUAAAAGCACAGAAACCAUUACUAGGUCAAAAUCCUUUGAAAGGAAAUUCGGAGGUGACGAUGAUGACAAGAUACCGGAGGUGGUGUUUGAGAGGAUGAUAGUGAGAAUCUUGUUUUAUGUGGGGGUUCCUAUGGUCAUUGGCAUAGCAUUCUUGAUAGUUUUUAAUGUAGCAAAAGAACAACAUUUGUGGGAUGUGCCACUUUGGUUACCUCUCUUGACUACUUUUCUCACUUUUGGGGCUUCUGCACUUGGGAUUGCUUAUGGGACUCUGUCUACUAGUUUGGAUCCAAAGAAGAAGGGUUCCAUUCUAGGGUUUGAAGAAGCUCAGAAGAAUUGGGUCGAAAUGUGGGAAGAAGGAGAUGAUGAUGAGAGUAGAAGGUGAUGGAUAUGGAGGUGCAUGAUAUAUAAUAAUAUAUGUAUACACUAACUCCAUGCUUCCAUACCUUCCAAUCACAGUGCAAAUAUGAAUAAUUGUGAUCCCAAUUGUGUUAAUUCAGAGAUAAGCUUGUAACUUCAAAAUCAUUUUGUUUGUUCAUAAAUGUCAUAAUUGUGCAUGGCUAACUGCCAUUUUUAUCC